AAAACAGUUAGGAGUACUUACAUACCAUUUUUAAAUAUUAAUAAUGUUCAAUGAAUAUUUUACAAUUGUAGGUAUUGAUGAUGUAAUGAGUGUAGCUUGAUCACAAAUAUUUUAUUCAUCACAUUCUUUAACGACUUUUCGACUAGAAAGAGUUUCCCACUCAGCAUGAUGUCCGAAUUUAAUGACCCUUUUCUUGUGUGGAGAAUGAUAUUUACGAUUAAUUUCAAGAAGUUCAAAAUAACAAAGUUUUGCGAAAUUGUGCUUAUUGUAAUUUACGCACUCGUUCACUGUCUACUGUUAUACUACACGUUCACAAACUUCAGUGCAAAUCUCUUAAUUAGAUAUGGACCAGUAAUGAUAUUCUACAUAUUUAUGAUUGCGGCAACAACUUUUUCUAUUGCUUUGGAAGCGGAACUUUCUGAAGUGAUUACAUUUCUGGAUGAAACUUGUUGGCCCCUUAAUAUGAUAGCGGAAGAUGCCCAAGUGAAGCUUCAACGAAAAUGUCGCAUCAUAAAUAUGUGUAUAGCAUUUGUUGUGCUAAUUAUCUUAAGUGCAAUCAUUGUCAACUAUCCGUUUUUUGGAGACCAGAGAGAUUUUUUUAUUUGUGUUAGAGUUUUCGAGGAAUAUUUUGGCGAAUGGUCGUUCGUUCCUUACUACUUUUAUUUCGCAGCAUCUCCGUUUUUUUACUAUAAUUACUUUAAGCUUUGUUUUACUUUUGUUUACGCAGUUUUGGAAGCGGGAUUACAAUUCUUUCUAAUUGAAGGAUAUUUGUUGCAAACGUAUAAAGUGGAUUAUUUGAAACGUUGGAAAUAUUUAAAAGAUAGUCGAUAUCAACAAGAACUUGGAAAAUCGUUACGACUUUGUAUUGUUCAUCAUAUUGCUUUAAAGAAAUUGGUUAAAAUGAUUGUGAAUCUUACGGUAAAUGGCAUGCCGAUUUUUCUGCUACUUGGGUCUCUUCUUUACAUUAGUUGUUUUACGUUUACCAUAAAUCUCGUCAACUCGUUGACCAACAUUUUAAAGACACGAAUAAUUUUGAUGGGGGCAAGUUGUGUGGGCGUGACUGUACUGUUGUGUUGGAAUGGCCAACAAAUAAUAGAUGUGAUAAGUAGCAUUUUUACUACCUUAGUUGGAGCUCCUUGGUACUUUUGGAACCUUGAUAACAUUAAAAUUCUUCUGAUGUUCAUAACAAAUUGUACCAAGAAUGAUAGCAUUGUUUUGGCCGGGAUUUGUUUAGAUUACAAACUUUUUGCUUCUGUGUGUACACCAUGUGGGUUUGUGAAUUUUUUUAUUAAAUUUUUGUUUCAGAUCUUGCGAAUCUCUUUCUCGUAUGCUCUAGUUUUGUUCAAUCUUCGCAAAGCUUCUGUCUCUUGGAACAACCAAAACUAA